CAAAAGUCUAGAGAUACUCGGUUCAGAUAAUAACUUUCAUCUCGCAUCACGACACCUGUUUAGGUUUCGCAGCACCUGCACUCGCCUCAGAGUUUCCAAUUCGCUUACCCACCUUUUUUUUCAUCUGGACUGCGCUCCAGUCUUCCUUCAUCCGCUACAUUACCUCCUUUAUCGGCUCUGAGCCUUUACGAGUCACUACUGAUCCGGUUGGGCUCUUCUCCCAUUGCACUCUGCUCUUCUUAGUCCCCAGCGCUGACACUGUUUCUGCUUCUCUCCAUUUAAGGCCUUGAGGAUCUAAAUUAGCACCGUCGUCAUCAUGGCGUCGAGUUCGGACGAAGGCGAGAUCGUCGAGAACGGCGCUGAAGAUUUGAAGGCAACUUCACUGCAGCAUACUGGAGGAAGCAGUGUUGACCGUCAAGACAGAAACAAAAGUAGACUUUCGACUCCGGAUCACGAUUCGGCUUCUAGAUACAGCAACGGUUCACGACGAAGCAUUUCACCCCGUGGCUACAAGCGAUCGCACGACGAAAGAGACAGAGACAGGGAUCACUACAACUCCAGGCCUCGCGAUCAAGGUUAUCGCCGGAACUACGAGGAUUCGCGACGUGACGACCAUCGCAAGCCGCGAGGACAAUACGAUGACCUAGAUCGACCUGCAUCGCGCGCAUCAAAUUUCAGCUACGGGGGCCGCGAUCGGAGCCGCGACCGAGACAACUACCGCGAUGGAGACCGAGAUCGGUAUUCCAGCAAACGACCUCGAAACAGGAGUCGCUCUCCUCAAAGAUCCCGACCUUCGGAUAGGGGCAGGUUUGAUCGUUUUGUCAGAGAAGGCCAAUACGAUCGUCGCGACGAUGGGCCGAGGGAACUUAAGUAUGAUGAAAGCACGAGAAAUGGCGGUUCUAUGUCCAAGAGAACGACUGUAGGAGAGGCUUCACGCGCCCAAGGACAUCAUGCUAAACCUGAACAAGGCCUUACAAAUGGACAUGGCACUUCCAAGGCUUCUCAGCAGGAGCCAGCAGCUCAGAAGGAACCCGAACGAAAAUCGGAACCAGAGCCAGAGCCCGACUACGAAGAGCCAGAGCCUUUUGACGAAGAAGCUGAAAUUGAGCGACGCCGCAAGCGACGUGAGGAGAUUAUGGCUAAGCACAGUUCUGCAACUCCUCUCCUUCUCCAUGCUGUAGGUGCUGCUGCAAGUAAAGCUCACGGAGCUUCUCCUGCGUCCACCACGCCCGACACGCCCAUGAGAGCACAGUCCGACAUUGAAAGCCCCCGCACUCCCCGUUCAGAUAUCGCAUCACCGCGCUCUCCCGGAUCACAUACCGAAAUGUCUCCUGGGGGUAUCAACUUCCUCGAUGACAGAAACCUGAUGAACAGCCACGGGAAGGCUCAGCCAGACGAGGAGGAUGGCCCCUCAGCCGCUGACUACGAUCCUACUGGAGACAUGAAGGAGGAUGAACGACGACAUGAGCUCCGGCACGGAAACGUCGUACUUCAUGGUGAGCAGCAUCCCAUUGCAACGGAACAACAGCCACAGGAAGAUGUUCAAGAAGAGUCUACCGAAAAGACCGGCGGUGAUGACGACGAUGAUGACUUCGAUAUGUUUGCCGAAGACUUUGACGAGGAAAAGUAUGCCACAAAACCUGUCGAGCCGGUCGCGCCUAUCGAGGGCGACGGCAAGGCCCCUGAUGUCCCAGCUAUCAAGGGAGGUAUUCUCGAAGGUGACGACAAAGAUGGCUACUACAAGAUUCGUAUCGGUGAAGUCUUGAAUGGUCGGUAUCAGAUCCAGGCAGCACUGGGAAGGGGUAUGUUCUCAGGGGUAGCCCGUGCCGUCGACAUCACCACGAAGGAGCUCGUCGCUAUCAAGAUGAUGCGAAACAAUGAUGCCCUCCGAAAGGGAGGAUACACAGAGAUUGCUAUUCUGGAGAAGCUCAACGAGGCCGACCCUGAGGGUCGCAAGCACAUCAUCAAGUUUAUCCGCCAGUUCGACUACAAGGGCCAUCUGUGCAUGGUAUUCGAGAACCUGAGCAUGAACCUGCGAGAGGUUUUGCGGAAGUUUGGUAACAAUGUGGGUAUCAAUCUUGGAGCGACGCGAGCAUACGCAUACCAGAUCUUUGUCGCUCUCGCGCACAUGCGAAAGUGCAGUAUCAUUCAUGCUGAUCUCAAGCCGGACAACAUCUUGGUAAACGAGAGUCACAACGUGCUAAAGAUCUGUGAUUUGGGUACGGCUAUCGACAAGACGGAUGCGGCGACAGCGCACAUGGAUGUCACUCCAUACCUCGUCAGUCGAUUCUAUCGAGCGCCGGAGAUUAUUCUGGGCAUUCCUUACGAUUACGCCGUCGACAUGUGGUCCAUCGGCUGCACGUUGUAUGAGAUGUACACCGGCAAAAUCCUCUUUGCUGGAGACAGCAACAAUCAGAUGCUCAAGGCAAUUAUGGAGAUCAGAGGAAGGUUAACGCCGAAGUUGUUCAAGCGUGGUCAACUAUCGCCAGCUCAUUUCGACGACAAGGGACAAUUCGUCAGCAUCGAACGAGACAAGGUUCUCGGCAAGGUAUGUUGUGAUUCCAUUCACUCCCUCCAUGUUGUUUUUGUUUUUGCUGUUGUUUUUGCCAUCACACUCCUUGCAUCUGCCUACAAGCGCCAUAUGGACAUGCUCUUGGUGGCCGCCCACGCGAGGUCUAUGCUUAUUUUUGCGACAAUGGUUGGGGGCUGUUCCAUCUUGGGGCUCUGCGAGCGUAAGCGCCUAGAUCCCUUGCAGACUGAAGCGCUCGGGAUAUGUGGGGUAACUUGACGAUGACCAACACCACCCACACAACGGUCGAUAGAUCAAAACAACAGCCAUCAGGCAUGUUUGAUCUCAACCGCCCUUGCGGGGUUCUCGAACAAACUCAGCAAGGGAUGGAUGGUGUGAUGAGAUGAGGUUACAGAACGCCUCGAGAUCCUUUCAAGGUUAAAGACCAGGUCGCAUGACUUGUUUUGUCUCGGUAGAUCGGACUCCCUCUGAGCGUCAGCAACGAUGACCUACAUAUCCCUUGCAUACGAGUUCAACGGCUGCUAAGAGUUUGGCCCAGCGCUCAGCCCUUGUUGACAUGCGCAUUCAUGUGGAGAAUUCCUUUUCCCAUUUUAGAACUAUGAGUCAGGAAUGGAUAACUAACAAACUGUGCUUACAGACAACCGUCCGAACGAUGGCGGUGGUAAAGCCAACUCGGGAUCUACGGACAAGACUAAUGGCUGCGUCGUCAGGGAUGAAUGACGCAGAAACGAGGGAUCUGAACCACUUCAUUGAUCUCCUCGAGCACUGUCUUACACUCAAUCCCGACAAAAGGAUGAAGCCGGCUGAUGCACUGCGCCAUCCCUUCUUUACUGCACGGGCGGGACAUGUACGUCGGUAAGGAGGGUGUUAAGCAUUCGGAUCAUGGAUUCAUGACGCUGUUUUGAGACAAUUAAAGGCGCGGGAUGAGAGAUUUUUUGGGGGAUUAUACUUGGCUAGACAAAGCAAGGGAGGAUACUCGCUGGUUCAAAACAUGUGGUGGUUUGAUCGAUGUCUCUGAACGUGUCACCGCCGUUUUUAUAUCAUGCCUUGCUAUGUCUCACCUUGUCUGUUAUGUCUCGUAUGAAGCCGAGUUUAUUGGAAUCUAGACUUGGAAGAAGCAGGCUAGAAAUUUUGAUGGAGUUCUGGAGUAUCGAGCUUGGACGAGGGUCUAAAACAAAUGCCUACACAGUUGUAAUAACAUAGCUACUAAGGAAUCGCUAAGCAAUGCUCGGAUUGUCUAAUGAAUGAUCGCCGAUGGUUGAUUGAGUCUUUUUACGAUGCGUGACCUCGUA